AUGCGCGAUUCCACGAAAGCCCAGUCAACCUCGCCUCGGACGGUCGCUACCAAUCCGAAAAUUGCAGCCCAGCAAGAAGGCCAGUCGACCCACACUGUGGUCAGACCUGCCGGAUCUAUGGACGACGAUGACGAGGUUCUCCAGGCUAAUGACCCAGAGGAAGAUGGUCCUUCAGUGAUCGAUAAUGGUCAACUGUCUUCAUACACGGCGUCGCUAGCAUCGAGUGCUGUGGACUAUCCGGUAGAAUAUGGUCGCCGCUACCACGCUUUCCGCCCAGGGUCUUAUAUCAUGCCGAACGACGAGUACGAGAUGGAUCGCAUGGACUUUGCGCAUGCGAUGUUGGUCAGAGCAGUGGGCAAUAAACUGUACACGGCGCCGCUCGAGAAAAACAAAGUUAACCAAAUCUUGGACAUUGGGACGGGCACCGGAAUCUGGGCUAUGGAGAUGGGAGAUGUUUUUGAGAACGCCGAGGUUACUGGCGUUGACCUCAGCGCUAUCCAGCCAGAGUGGGUUGGCCCGAAUGUUAAAUUCGUUGUCGAUGAUGUCGAAAGCCAAUGGGUAGGCGAUAAGAAGUACGACUACAUCUUCUGUCGGUGCAUGGCUGCAUGUGUUGCCGACUGGCCAAAAUUAAUCCGCACGAUCUACGACAACCUCAACCCCGGGGGCUGGGUUGAGUUUCAAGAUUCCGAUUUCAACUACUACUCAGACGACGGCACCCUAACCGAAAAACAUCAAUUCAAGCAAUGGAGCAAAAGUCUUGUCUCUGCGCUUGAGUCCAUCGGACGUGACCCCUGUCCGGGACCGAAGCUGAAAGGCUGGGUGAAGGAUGCCGGAUUUCAGGAGAUUUCCCACAAAAGGCUCAAAGUCCCUGUCGGUCCCUGGCCUAAGGAUCAGUGGUAUCGUGAUCUUGGGGCUAUGAACCUUACGCAGCUUCUGAACGGGUUAGAAGGCUUUUCUAUGAGAGUCUUCUGCGGAAUUCUCGGGCAGACAGAGUCGGAAGUCCAGGCACUCCUUGAUGCGGUCCGCAAGGAACUGAGGACUCGUCAUUUGUUCCAUGCCCAGCUUGACUUCCAUGUUAUUUACGGCCAAAAAUCACUGGAGAGCGAAGAGUAA